CAAGAAGCUGGGACGAAGGAACGUGGGUGUAAAUAGACAGUGAACGCUCUUGGUCUCUUUCCCUCUCUCUCUCUCCUCUCUCUCUCCCUCCCCCUUCUUCUUCCCUCUCUUUCUCUCUCUCUUUUAUGAAAUCAAUGAACGAGUUAUUGGUUAGGACAUAAAUAUAAGAAAUCAAAGCCUCCACCGGGACCAACGGCAUUGCGCGCUUUUGAUAUGCGUCUUCGCCAAAUGCUUCAUGUGUUUUCAAAUCAUUGUAAAUACUGGCUUUGAUAGGACGAGAGCGGAACCAUCACUGGUACGGCUUGGUCUCGGAAACAAAUUUUGACCAAGACUUCCACCAGCUUUUUUCAACGUAAAACGAGUCUUCACCAUUACCAUCUGCUGUUGUUGUACCCAUCCCAACUCACUGGCCGGUCCGAAGAUGGCAACUUUAACCAACGGGCAGGUGGACGGCACGGUGCACGGUGUUGGUGUGGUCUCCGCCAGCACGAACGGGCUCGUGAACGGAUUAAACCACAGCCACAGUCCGGCGGGAUGCCCGGCCACCAUCCCCAUGAAGGACCACGAUGCCAUCAAACUCUUCAUCGGUCAGAUCCCCCGCAACCUGGACGAGAAGGACCUCCGGCCCCUCUUCGAGGAGUUCGGCAAAAUCUACGAGCUCACUGUGCUCAAAGACCGCUUCACGGGCAUGCACAAAGGCUGUGCCUUCCUCACCUACUGUGCCAGAGAGUCAGCCCUGAAAGCCCAGAAUGCAUUGCACGAGCAGAAGACCCUGCCAGGAAUGAACAGACCAAUCCAGGUGAAGCCAGCAGACAGUGAGAGUCGAGGAGAAGACAGAAAGCUUUUUGUGGGCAUGCUCAACAAGCAACAGUCAGAAGAUGAUGUGCGGCGCCUUUUUGAGUCCUUCGGCAGCAUCGAGGAAUGCACCAUCCUCAGAGGUCCCGACGGAAACAGCAAAGGCUGUGCGUUUGUAAAAUACUCCUCUCAUGCUGAAGCUCAGGCAGCCAUCAGUGCACUACACGGGAGCCAGACAAUGCCUGGUGCCUCAUCCAGUCUGGUGGUAAAGUUCGCCGACACGGAUAAGGAGCGCACCAUACGCCGCAUGCAGCAGAUGGCUGGUCAGAUGGGCAUCUUCAACCCUAUGGCCCUGCAGUUUGGAGCCUAUGGAGCCUACGCUCAGGUGCAGCAGCAGGCAGCCUUGAUGGCAUCUGUAGGCCAGGGAGGUUACCUCAGUCCAAUGGCAGCCUUUGCUGCUGCCCAGAUGCAGCACAUGGCCACCAUAAAUGGCCUCCCAGGAGCACCGCUGACUCCCACGUCAGGUGGCAGUACUCCACCAGGCAUCAGCGCCCCCACAGUGACCAGCAUCCCAUCUCCAAUUAGUGUAAAUGGUUUUACUGGCAUGGCGCCCCCGCAGGCAAACGGACAGCCCCCUGCAGAAGCAGUUUUUACUAACGGGAUACACCAUUACCCUGUGUUGCAGGAGGUGGUUUUUAGAGAGGACUCAGAGAAAAACGGCUUGGGCGUGGCUCCGCGGAGUUGUUUUGGGGUUCAGGGUGGCUGCUUCCUCUCAUCUCUCUCUGAAGCUCAAAGUCCCACUGCAGCUGAUCCUCUCCAGCAGGCUUACACAGGAGUCCAGCAAUAUGCAGCAGCCUACCCCGCUGCAUACGGCCAGAUCAGCCAAGCCUUCCCCCACCCUCCACCUAUCAUUCCACAGCAGCAGAGAGAAGGACCGGAAGGUUGCAACCUGUUCAUCUACCACCUCCCUCAAGAGUUUGGAGAUGGAGAGCUGAUGCAGAUGUUCCUGCCAUUCGGGUUUGUAAGUUUCGACAACCCAGGUAGUGCCCAAGCUGCCAUCCAGUCAAUGAAUGGCUUCCAGAUCGGCAUGAAAAGACUCAAGGUGCAACUGAAGAGGCCAAAGGAUGCCAACCGCCCCUACUAGCCCCCCGCCCCAGCCAGCCACCGCCACCCUGGCGGCCGGGGCAGCUGUAGAACACAGGGAAAGACAGGUUUUGUUGAGCUGUUGAUUAUUUGCUACCCACCACUGAGCGCAAACUCAACAUCUGGACCACUGAGGCUGCUUCAGAAACAGAGGAGAGAGAGAGAGAGUGAUGACCGAGUCAAGGACACCUCCUUUUUGGAUGUACUAAAACUUUGGAACUCAGAGCGAAUUUGUACCAGCCUGGUUAGCCCCAGGACUUUUUUUUUUCCUCUUCUGCACACAUAUACACACUUCUUUCCUCACAAAGCCCUGCUUGAAUGACAGCUACCUUUUCUGGACCACAAAAACUUUUACUUGAACAGUGAGGGAGGGGGGGAGAGUAAAAGAAACUACAUCAAACCUACUUACAAUGACCAACCCCACUGAACUCUUGAAAGGAAUAUGGAUGUCAAAAGUCCAACAAGAACAAAACUUUAAAAAAAAAUAAUAAAAAAAAAUUAAAAAAAACAUAAAUAAAAAAAAACAUAAUAGUGGAUUGCCGUAGGAGAUCUUUCAUUAAGAUGGUGUGGAGCAAUUGACUUUUGAAGACCAAUUUUUAAGAUUUGAAUCAAGAAGGGACAAAUUCUCUGAGAGAGAACUUAAGUAGGAAUGUGAUAUUUUCAGGACACAGAUUGGCUUCGAUUUGGGAUGGCCAUCUUUAGCUCGGAGUGCCUGUCCGUUUCCAGGGGAUACUGUUGCCGAGGAGCGCCAUAGCAACAGUCUCCAGGGAGUCUUAUCCAUCAUUCCUUAGUUGUUUUAGGGACCAAAAGACCAAACAUUUUUAUUGCUGAGGACUUGUAGCUCUAAUAUACUCGGACCACUGCAUCUCUGUCAGUCAGUGUUAACUGGUUGGGGAGUUGCAUUUAAAAGAAGUGUACAUUACGAAUAUAUACAACACAUGUAUAUAUACAUAUAUAUUGCUGAUAUGCUUUUUGAAUACAGGCAAAACUAUUUCAGAUGACCAAAUGGGGUCUCUCACUUCGCUAGUUUACAAUUACUCAAAAUGUUUAUUUUUUUCUCUUCUCAUUUUGUCUUGGGAGGGAUGGCGAGUGCAUGGGAGGGGCUGCUCCGUAUCACAGCCUUAUCUUUUUUAACUUGACAUCCUAACCUCAUAGAUAGAAUAACAUCAGAAAUGUUUGAAAUAUAUGAACUUGUUUAUAUUUGCAGUACAUAUAUAUGUAUAACAGGCAUUCAAGCAAAUGUAUUCAUAUAUACAGUAUAUAUGGAUAAAUAGAUAUUAAUCACAAAUAUAUGUAUUUAUAUGCACAUAUUUUAUAUAUGUGUGUCUGUAUAUAGAACGGCUACUGACUAUGUUGAGCUGUAAUUUUUUUGUAGAUUUUAGCUGGAGUUUGAAGCAUUGCUCUGCUUGGGAAGAAUCGCAAAUCUGGCAGCUCCCAAAACUGCAGGCAUUCCUAUCUCUGAUUACCUAUAUGCUGACACACGAUAUAUUGCUAAAAGAUUCAUGUGUGAUGAAACACAUAUGGUGUACAUAUUAUCUGAAAAUGCAAAAAGCCAAUCUCAGUAGCAGGCUUUAAGAGAAUCAGGCUAGAUGAUUUUAGAGGAAAAGGACAAUUAUCUUCGACUCUAUUCCAAACAUAUCUUUUGAGCUUUCACACAAACACUUACACACACACACACAUUCACACGCACACAAACUUCUCUUUGAAACUUGAACCAAAAUGAAAAUGUCUCACAACCCUUGCUCUCUUUUGCAUUCAGUAAAGUGCAUGUAGCGUAUGGGCUGUCACCAUGUCAAGGUGUGCCUUGUCACCUGCAGAAUCUGCCAUCAAGCACUGUGCUCUCAGAAAACAAAGAAAAAAAAACUGAACACACACACUACUGCAAGUAGCCAACGCGCUAUUAUGAUGUCAAAACUACAGCCUGAUCCAUAUCAUUUCUCAGCCACAUAGAGAGCUUCAGUGCAUGUCAAAUAUAACAAAUUGUCCAAGCACUGUUGGCCCAUCAUUGUCUUUGGGAGAAAAAAAAAAAUGCAUUUAGAACUAAUGUAGAUUCAUGCGAUACCACUUCAAACAAAAGCGGGCAUUAGGUAACCUGUUAGCACAGGCACUAACUUGCAAGGCACCUGAGACUAAGUUCCACUGGUUGGAGGGUAAUAAAGGGUAAAAAUCAGGGUUGCGAUUGGCAAGACGCAGCUUGAUAAGGGAUGCAACUGAGCUUACUGGACCGAGCAGGAGGAUUUUAAUGGCUGUGAAGGUGAUGUAAUACUGAUGAAUAUGUUAUAGAGUUGGCUUCCCCUUGAACGGAGAAAAAAAAAAAGGAAAAGGGUUUAUACUUGACAUGAAGCAUAUCCUUUAGAAACUGUUAUAUUGCCUUACGUUAAGUUUUCAUGCAAUUAUAUAUAAACAUAAAACUCUAAUGAAACUGUAAAAUGAAGCAAUAAGUGUGAAAAGCCAUUUACCCAUCGCACCUGCUGUAUAACUGAGGCUGCUCUCAUAUUGCUUUAGCGUACAGUUUCUCAUAAUAGUCUACAAAAAUGGUAUAAACACCUAGUAUAAACCUGUAAAAGGUCAACAGACUUGGAUUUAUUAGACCCUGCAUUCAACACAUAUUGAGCUGGUGGAGAUUACUCGAUGAAUAUUUAUAUAUAUGAAUAUUUAUAAGGCUAUAUGACACUUUGGAAGACAAUGCUUCCUGUUGGGUGCUGUUACUAGUUUUCCCAUAAACUGCUCAUUAUACUAUUUCCCCAGUGUCUCUGUUUAACCUUUUUAGCAGUUUGAAUAAUUUAACAUUUACCUUCCAAAUCCAGUGAAUCUAAAAGACACCAGUGCACAUCCCAGAAUGCCUCUGUUUGUGUUCUGUGGCACUUAACAAUCUCCAGAGCACGGCAUACAGUUAAACCAGAUGACCAUCAAGAUUUUUUUUUUUUGCUCUGACAGUGUCUUUGGUGGGCUAGUGCAAAACCGCUUGCUCAUCAUCCUGACCUGUCUCUGUCUAACAAUAACAUCUGAGGCUAAAUAUCAUGUCUGGUGUCCCUGAUCGCCACACUGUGUGCCCUUUUUGACUGCCCCGCUGCUCUGAGAAAAAUGAAAAGAAAAGAAAAGAAAAAAACUGUCAUCACAGACUGUGCUUCUCAUAUGAUUUGUUUGAGCAAUCAGUCAUUUUUCCAUAAACAAGUGAAAUGAGGAGAAGCCGAACGACGUGCGAGAACUAGAAUGCCAAGCGCCUCAUCUUCAUUUGCUCCGACUUUAAGCUGCAAGUUUACAUGAGAAAAGUAAAGCAAAGUUUAGUGGUUCAAAAACAAGAAACAGAGCAGAAGUUUGAAUAUAAAUAUAUAUAUAUAAAUAUAUACAUAAACUGAUGAAUAUACUGUAAAUUGUUUCUUUUUUUGCUCUGUUUUCCUCUGUACAUAGGUUUGCAUAUUUUAUAGGACUUUUACUUCUAUCUACAAGGACUGGAUAAAGUAAUUUAAAUACUUUAAAAAAAAUAUAUGAAUGAAAACAUGAUAAUGCUCAUUAAAAACCAGGUACAAAAAAAAAAAAAUAGUCGCUAGGAUACGGUACAAACUGUAGGACCUGACCAAGGCAUUUAUCCAGAAUACAGUCAGGGAGAGCAUUGACCUCAGUUAGAGCUUAGACACACAUCGACCUAUUUUAUAAAAAGAAAUACUUUAAUGGGUUCUAUUCAUUUAUCUGUUUAUUUAGAUAUUUAUUUAUAAGUCAUGUCUGAGAUGAUAUGCAUGCUUUCAUGGCAUUAUUUUUUUAUGAGUUGGUACGUGACCAAAUAGUUUUUAUAUGACAUGCAUGGGCCACUGUUGUGGUCCACAGAUGAUCAUUGUUCCUGUCUGCAGGACCAUGCCUUCAGCACUUCUUUGAUGGAGAAAAACACUCCUUUUGACCAAGUGAUGUCAAAGACAGAUUUUAAUUAUUUAUUUCCUUGUUUGUUUAUUUAUUUGUUUAUUUAUUUGUGCUGUUUGACUCAAGAUCUGAGCUCUCUUAUCGACACCGAUCCGUUUGCUUGAAAGUGCUACCUUGAACCACGACGCAUCUUACUUUAAGUAUUGGAAAUGUAACCACCACCAAGACCGCUUUGACAUUUUUUCCCGUGGCUAGCAAAAUAUUCACAACAAUGCAGUACAACACUAAAGCCUUAUGUAUAUUUGUAAUUAUAAAUUCAUACUGUUUUGUUCUUUUAAAAAAGAAAAAGCUUUGUUAAAAGAUUGUUUAAAAAUGAGAUGCCACCUUUAAAUAAAGUGGGGAAAAUGUAAUCCCUGGUAAAAAAAAAAAAUAAAAUAAAAACUCAAAUCAGCUGUUCAAUCAGAUAUGUAUUCACAACACAAGAUCCGCCUUGAGGUCAGUAUAAGUUGCUGCUAAUAUUUAAUGAACUAAGGUCUGAUUUAUUGUUAACCGCUGGCAUCAAAUGACUUUUUAAAACUGUACCUUCCUUCCAUUUCCCCCCAUUUGUGCUUUGUAUUGUUUGACAGAGCUCUGAUCUUGUUCAACUCACAUGUUCUAUCAAGAACAAAAUUCAAUGAAAACUGCACUAUUUCAUCCGAAAGAAAAUUGAGUUCCUAUCAUUUUUAUUUUCAGUGCUGUUAUCAGUGAUUUUAUUUCUAAAGCUCAGUAGUGUUGCUAGAAUCACAUUUUACUUCAUGUGGUUUUCAAAGUGUUCUGGAAAUCUAUUUCCCAAUUUCAGCACAUAUGGAGGGGGGUGAUGAAUGUUGCAUAUUAAGCUUUGCCAGGUUCCUGAUGAGCCAAGCUUCUGAUGGGCAGUGCGCUUUAGGCUCCCGCCCCCGUCUCUCCAGACUGCACCAUUCUCUGGUCCCCUGGACUCUUCUUUUGUAAUUCUAAAUGAAUGAUGCGUCUCAGCUUAGCCCAAUAAUAAA